CAGACCGCGGCUGUCAAAUUUACUAGUGUGAAAAUGAAAAUGAGUGAGCCAAAGUGUACAUUUACUUAAAUUUCUAAAUUAUAUAGUUCUUCUUCAUACUAUUCUAGUCGGGUCCAUAUGACUUUUCUGUAGUGUGUUCUAAAUAAAGUGAUUUAUUUACUGGAGAAAAUGAACAUGUGGACUGAAACGUCAGGUUAACAUCGAGACCAAAGGGGCAAUAAUUUUUACGUAUGGAAUAUAAUAUAGAUUUAUAUAUUUUUCGAGGUUUGAGUUAACACUAUGCAACAGAGGGGCUCAACCACGACCAUGGAUUCCGAAGAGACGGACAACUCAUCUUCCGCACCUUCGUCCAGAGUCAGCAGAAGUAACUCAAAAUUAAAAGUUCUAGUCAGAAGUCAUGCUAUGCGCGAAGAGACUUCCCCUCCGAGGGAACCCAGUCCGAACACACAGUACCCUCAGCAACAGCCUCUUCAUUCACCCUGUAUAACUCUCAUUCCAUCACCUAAAAUCUCCUCUUCUCCAGUAGUCGUCUUGAGUCCAUCUACGAACGCUCCUUUUCUAUGCAAAUCCCCACAGUGCCUCUCGCCUACCGCCACUCUAGUACCUUCCUCCCCUAAUAAUUCUAGGAGUUCCCCCAACCUUUGUGCUUCCGUCGACACCGUUUCCCCCAUCGAGAGACUUCAGCAGGAUUGUUACGAGGAGGUGAUUGCUAGUGGUUUCGUGACUUCAAGUCCAAAAUUCACGAACAACACUAACUCAUCGAACCAAUCUAGUCAUAGUUUUAAGAAAAAGAUAUCAUGUGAUUGCCAAACUCAGAACUGCCUAAGAUGUAUGAGGGCCCAAGAGAGAAAUAUCAAUAAUAAUUUGACUAAUGUUAACAAUAACAUGACAGGAAGUCCCAAUACACUUACAGUAUCGAGGACAAAUUCAAGAGGAAAACUUAGACAACAGAGCUCUUCUUUAGGCAGCUUUGAUAGCUCGUAUAAUUCACCUUGCUUAUCUAGAGAUAGUAGCUCUGAACUGUAUACCGACACAUCAGGUGUGGAUUUGGACCAAUUCAUUCCUGAAACACUCAAUAGAAACUCAAAAGAUAGAGCGUUAAUGCUUCAAAUCGAAGAAGAUCUAGUCAAUUUUGUCAAAGACAGAUAUAGGUCACUGUACAAAUUUCCGCCCAUGUCAUCCUACCAACGCAUGUUAGUUCAUAGGUGUGCGGCCUAUUUCGGUCUGGACCACAACAUUGAACCCACUGGAAAGGCUGUGGUCGUCACGAAGACGAGAAAUACGAGGCUACCUGAGAUAGAAUUUAAGGAACACAUCAAAGACGAUAUUAUUUUUAGCGAGGAACCCAGACGAUCGAUACUUAAGAGGGAUUCCAAUAGCAUGGAUGGUUAUUCGUUUAAAUCGCCCGAUCGAUCCUUUGGCUCGGAAAACCGAAGGAGUAAGAGUUUUGAGGAACGAGAAGAAGAGUAUGAAAAGGCAAGAAGACGAAUCUUUAAUAGAGAGAUGAGAGAUGAAUCUUCCGAAGAUUUUGGCUGGUCCGAAAUGCCUUGGUCUAGUACGGACAGUGAGUAUUCUGCUAGAUAUCGACUGCAUACUCCGGAAAUGUAUCACAGACAUCCAGGAAGGAUACUAAUAAAGGGUCAUUCAGAGGAGAUGGGCGAAGCACAAAGGCCCUGCGUGGCAAAAAGUUACAGCUUCGGUGGUUAUGGAGGAAAUAUAUCGGUGUUAAGUAGGGGCAACAGCGUCAUGUCGACACACAGUGCUGGACCUAGGUUUCUCACAAAACAAGGAAGAAUCUUUCCAGAUUCGGGAGCUAGUUCAGUGUCCUGGCGCCUCAGCCCUUCAAGUUCGGGAUACAAGUCACAGUCACAAAUGUCGGAAUCGGUAACGCCUUCUCCAACAUCAACGCCGCAUCCUCCCGCUGAAAUCAGGGAGGACGUCGGCUGUGAAGACGAGCAGCAGGAAGAUGAGUGUCUGGAAAAGCCUGAAGAUAAUCAUAUUGUGUGGGCUGUUACGGACAUCCAGAAUGUACCUAAAGGAAGCCUGAUCAUCAAUCCGCAGACGGGACAACCUUUGAAGAAUGAUGACGGCAGUCUCUAUCAUUACGACCCAGACAAUCUACCACCGAACAUCAGCCUCACGCCUGCAAAGCCACCACCUUCCUCGCCACAGAAAUCAUCCCCGCAACAAUCUCCAAAGAAAUCACAACCUAACAAACAUCCACAAUCACCAUCCAAGAAGACGUUAAUUGCAAAUAGUUCAACUAGUCCUAGUUUACCGUUCUCGCCACCAUUGCCGGCAAACGGUAGUAGUACGGCACAAAAAAGUUUUACAUAUGUUCAAAAUGAGCCACAGCAAUUCGCUGGGUACCACACUAGUUAUAGUUCACCUCCAGCUGUUCCUGAACAGGCCACCGUAUUUCAACAGCCGUAUAUAGUUUAUUCUGCGCCAUAUGGGGUUUACAUGCCACAACAGUAUGAUGGGAGAAUGGAAGUUUCAUCAACAGUAGCAGUAUCAGAGGUAGGAAGCCAGCAGUAUUACCUAUCCGAAGGUUCAGCUCCAGCUCCUCCUUCGGUGCAAACAGUUACUUACCAACCUACACAACCAACUCCAUACUGGAACCAACAACUACCUUACUAUCAGAACACCACACAGCCAACUGCUGCUACUCCACCUCGGUAUCCGUCAGUUCCUUUACAGACAACGAUACAGGCGCAGACACAACCAGCUUUUGUAUCACCAGGUUAUCCAGCGACCAACUUCAUUACAUCCUCUACCAUUCAACCCACACCAGAAAUCCAACCAGUGUAUCCUGGUCAAGCAGUACAGGUAGUAUACCAGAGUCAAGGCGCGCCGCCAAAUCCAGUAUAUUAUCAAAAUCAGCCGCCCAUAAUCUACAGCCAAAAUCCAAUGUAUCCGCCUGUUUCCUCUACGUAUCCCCCACCGGUAGCUCAACAGCCGGUGGCACCACAACAGAGCCUGCCGGCGUAUCCGCAAACUACGUCCACGCCGAAUAGCUGUCCGUCCAGUACAGGACCGGUUCUUCCCGGAGUUGGACCUGACCAGCAGACACUGUACAACUUAGCGCAGAGUAUACAGCAGAUGAACUUGGGGGGCAAUGGCCACUGCCAGGCGUAUUUAUCAAGUAAAGGUCAACAAGCACAAUACGAUUACCGACAGAGACACGGUAAUAAUGGCCUCAAAGGAAAACAGUUCAAGUACUUCCUAAUGGGCUCUAGUCAGAGCAGCACCGGCACGAGUUCUCCGGCUGCUACCGUGAUAGCUGCGUACGCACCACAAAAUCCUGGAGUGUAUAGGACACCGUCUGAAACGCCGCCUCAUCAUUUUUCGUUCCCGCCGAACUUUUCGUCACCUCCUAUGUUUAAGCAGGUUCCAAAUAUAAGAGCUACAACACCAGGAACUUCAAAAAGUAGCCGAUCUCCAACUCCAGCAAGCGAUGUUACUUAUUUUGAGAGACAAAAAAUGCCUCUUUCUACGAAUUUAUACCAAGGGAUGCCUUACAUGGUACCCAGUACUGACCCUAGACUUAUUUCUGGAAGAGGUCAACCAAACGUUUACCGACAGCCAAGCACGCAAGUGAUUAGGCCGACCAAUCAAGGGGCUGAUAAUCGAAAUAGGAAUCGGAAGACGAAGUAAGGCCAACAAGCAGACUGGUUUACCGCCAAGUGGAAAAUAGGCUUAAGAGAGAGGUUUUUAAAAGAGUUAACUAUAUGAUAUUAAAAAAUGAAAGAAAUAAAUAUGAGAAAUGUUAAAAA